AUGCGAUUUCAGUCUACGCUGCCGAGGAGUUUUUCGCCACAAAAAUGUCUCGCCCUUACAUAAUCAGAAAUAGUGGAUUAUCCGACGUUUAGUGGCCCCAGGGGCGACAGCAGUGACUGGAAAAGAGUGUCAGUGAGCCGCGUGAGUGAGUGGCGUGACUGGGACGCGUGAAGAAGGGUGGGCAGUGAGCGGAUUCCCAUUUGCACCGUCACGGCCAAAAAGAAUCAUGGAGAACUCGUCGGGCAGCGAUUCUCGGGAUGCACCGACUGGGUGUGGCCCAGAGGAGCCCAUCACCAUCAACAUCAGCACCACCACGGGGGGCAACUUUACCCAGGCCGUGGAGACUCACUACUCCGUGGAGAACCUCAAGAAAAUCGUGGCCAAGAAGCUGCGAGUGGCCAAGGACAGAAUUUGCCUGCUCCACCGUGAAAGGGAACUGCAAGAGGGAACAUUGAAAGAGAAUGGCAUUGUGGAUGGAUCCAGAAUAAUUCUGACGCCAAAUGUGGAAACGGGAUUGCUGGCGCAGCGUCCGGAGAGCACAGUGAUGCAGGCUCUGGAGUCACUCAAUGACUCGCAAGUGAAUGAUUUCCUCAGUGGGAAGUCACCAUUGAAUCUGAACAUGCGUUUGGGAGACCACAUGAUGAUAAUUCAGCUGCAACUGAGCACAGUGAAUCCGCCGUCAUCGCAAUCUGGCGGCGGUUCGAGAUCGAGGAAUACGCACAAGUCGCGACAUCAUCAUCAUCAUCAUGUGUGUCAGAAGCAGAGCAAGCGUCGUGUGCAGGCUGAGACAUCGCCACCAGCGGAAGCGGGCCCAAGUGUGGAGCAGGAGCCAACAUUCAAUGUGACAACUGACGAUCCGGCACACUCGGAAUUGGCGGAAUUGAUGAAGCAAGAAUUGGACGAUUUGCUGACGAAUAUCCAGGACAGGGCGGCGGCCGCGACCACGGAUGACGAGAAUAAUGCAAUUGAAUUGGAUCAGUCGCCGAUAAAGUCGCUGUCGAAUCUGGUGUCCAGUCCCAUCAUUAGCGUUCCGAUACCAAAUUACGGCGUGCCGGCAGAGCACGCGUGUCCCACGCCACCGCUCAUGGGUGACAUGGAGCCCCAGCCGUCCACGUCAUCCUAUCCGGAUCCCAUUUCCGCCAAGCUCACCAGCUGUCUCUGCAAGAGGCUCGACAGCAAUAGCAAUAGCAAUGCUGGAUGUGAUGUUAACUGCCAGCAGAGGGAUGAGGAGGAGCGGCCAUCGGCGCCGGUGCCGCCGGAGGAUUUCGACGAGUGCCACGCGGAGCCCAGCACCAGCACGAACGCCACCACGCAGACAAAGCCGUGGCGCAAUAGCUGGAUGCACAAGACGGCCAACAAUCCCAUCACGAAGAUCAAAAAUAAGAAUUGGAACGCCAGAUCGCUGGAUACAAUCAAGAUCUCCACGGAGACGAGCGCACCGCAGGCGCCAGUCGAGGAGGAGCGCGCCGCCACGCCGGUGAGGGAGGCGACUAGUGAGGACCAAGUUCCGAGUACUGGAACGACCACCAUUGACGCUCGCGCGCUGGCCGAGGCGUCGCGUAAUCUCACGCAGACGCUGAAGAAGUUGUCCAAGGAAGUGUUCACUAGUAAAGUGGACCUCACGGAGAACAGUAGCAAGAAGAUUGGCACGGGCGCAGUGAUUGAGUCGAUGAAGCACCACGGCAAGGGCAUCUACUCCGGCACCUUCUCAGGGACACUCAAUCCGGCGCUCCAGGAUCGCUAUGGACGCCCAAAGAGAGACAUCUCGACAAUAAUCCACAUCCUCAAUGAUCUACUCAGCGCCACGCCACAGUAUCGUCGCGGCACCAGCAUUAGCGUCGAGGCCGGGAGUUCAAGUUCCAGGACGUCAUCGAGACAGUCGUCGCGCCGGCAUCAUCAUCAGCAGUCGGAAAUGUGUUCAAAGUGUUCGAAGACGUCGCGCAAUUGUCCCUACGGUGAGUGCAGUGGCCACAGCACCUCCACCAUUACCGCUUCUGCUUCCGCUCCGGCGUCGCCGUCGGGCUCCUGCAAGCACUCCCGCGAGAGCUGGGCGUGUGGAGUGGCCAGGGCGACAGACGACACAGCAGCUGUGCGACGCGAGGAGGCGAUGGAGGUGGAGUGCGUGAAAGCGGUGCCGCUCAAGUGCUGCUGCCAGAGCUCGCAGCCUAUUUGCAGCAAGUGCAGCAGUGUGGAGCUGGAGAAUAACAAGACGAAGGUGAAGCUGGAUCAACUGAAGUUGGUGAUGCAGCAGAAGAAGGAGCGCCGCGAGGCGCGGAAGCUCAAGAGCGCGCCCUACAGCGCCACCAUUCAGGGCGCCUCCGUGACGACGUCAGCCACAGCCUUGGCUCAGUUGGCCAGCACCACGACCACGGCGAACCCAGGCAGUGCUGGAGCGCCGGGGGGCAAUGCGACAACGCCCACAACCGCCUCGACGAGCUCCACAGCAACCGCAGACGUGCCGCAGAGUCACAUUGUUGAGGAAGUCGACACGGCGGCAUAAAGCACGUAUGUUAAGCACACCCUUCUAUCGAUUCCCUCCCGGAAAACUAUCGCGCGCCAAGGAUUUUUAUUUCUUCCACGAGAAGCGUAUCAACGGCAGAAGAGUGGCUGUGGUUUGAUUGAUUUACCAGUGCUGAUCAGGAACAGUCGCUCUUCGCUGGAGGACAUUCUGUAGAUUUUUUCUAUUUACAACUGAGCAAAAUUAUUAUUGAUAUAUGAAUGAGAAUUGGAGUAUGGAAACAUUUAAAAUUUCGUUACAGAUUUAAUUGACUUUGUAAAUUGUUUUCACCCUUGUUUUUCUUCUCCUUCGACAAAACAACGGGUGAGAGAUAUUGAAUGGAAUGCGAGAAAGGAAAAGAAAAAUGUGGGGAGAAAAGAAAACUAAAGAGCCUGUUUGAAUUCUAGUAAACAUUUAAAGAAUAUCGUAGAUUAUUCCCUUUCUUCUCUUCUCCUGUAAUUUUUCAAAAAAUAUACGAUCCCCGAUUUGGCAUGUGAGCAAAACAGAAAUGAAGCACAUUGAGUGGAAAAGAAGAUUGAGAACUUGUUGUAUAGUUUCUGAGCAUAUUUUGUGCAUUUUCUCACGUUGUAAGUGCACAAUUAAUAUAUUUGCUAGUGUAAUCUCUAAACGACAAGUUUUACCAUACAAUCUAGCUGUUUUCCACUCAACUGAACACGUGACGUUGUCUCAUUAUGCGAAAGAUUGACUAAAAGAGCGAUAAGAAAAAAGAAAUGUAGUGGUAAAAGUAAAAUAAUCAUGAAAUGACGUGAAUAUUUGCAAGUAAUUUGAAGUUUUUUAUACCCCGUGAUAACAUAAAAGUUCAAAUUUAUAUUCAAGUGUCUAUUUAGAGGGUAAAAACAUUUUUAAAAAAAUAAUGAUGAUGUGGAAAAAGAGAGAAAUUGAGGAAGAAGAAGAGAGUUUAUGCGAUAAAUAAACCCAGAAAUGCGAUUCGUCAAUUGAAUUCAAUUUUGAAGAAAUAGCGAAGGAUUAAAAUUGUACAUGUGGAAAGGAAAAGGAAAAAGAAAUCUUGAUUUCACAAUAAAAUAAAACUGGGGAACAAACACAUUUUUUAGGUGAGGAAGUAGCGUGCAAUAAUAUUUUUACUUCCAACUCUUUCCAAUUAAUUUGUCUCCUCUCUUUGCUAAAUACUUUUAAGGACUAUUCUUUGCUGUUAUUUCUUCCAAUGCUUCACACUUCUCAAAUUUAAUUAUGAGUUCUCUUUCGGGAGAUUGUUUUCUCGUUCUAGUUUUUUAUGCGAUAUUUAGUUUUUAUUUCUGUGUAAAUUCGUGAUUCUUGUUUCUCUUUGAUUUACACACGCGCACAUAAACAUUUUAUUAUAAAUUACUUUGACUAGGAAAGUGCAGAAGACGAAAAAGAACCCGAAAGCUUCCUUUUUGAGUUGUUGUUUGAGAGAUGAUCUAAAGGAUGAAAAGGAGUAUCGCGAAAAUUCAAUGCAGAAUAAUAUUGAUGUGUAACUUAAUUAGUUUCUCUUUUUGAUAGGUAAUAUAAUAAUGUUUCGUUUGUUUAUAUUAGCAAUUAAGGGAUGAAGAAAAAUUUAGGAGAAUAAGAUUAAAUAGACGUCGAUGGGAAAAUUUUCAUAUUUCACACAACUGAGGAGAAAACAAAGAGUUAAAAGUGAAUAAAAACAUAGUUUCAAAAGUAGUAAAAGAAAAAGAAAAUAAAGGAGAAGCAUUCAUUUCUGGAAGGCAAAA